AUGCCCGCGACCAUAGAAUGGUUUUAGAGAAGGCCCAAUGUUGCCAGGGUGCUCAAGGCCGCGGAAAUAAGGUAUGUAUUUAAAGCACCAGCUCUCACAGUCUCUUCCCCUUCGACAGGGACUCCAACGAUCCAACACCUUCAAAUUAAGGAAUUUCUGUGCUACCAUUUCAGUAGCAGAUUGCAUAGUCAUGUGGGGAUCACUCUCCACAAAAUCGCCAUUGUGCUGCUCUGGGGAAGGAGGAAGUGAUAAAGGAGGCAGAGGAGCUGAACAAGCAAAUGGAUGCUUUCGUUGCUCUUCGGAUCAAGGUGGAGAAUCACUGGUGGGGUUUAGAGCAGCAGGAGGUGGUGGUUCUGGCCCAGCAGAGAGGUGGCUUGAUCAUCAGGACAAUGGCAGAAGGCCUAAAGGGAUAUUCUUAGGAACCAGAAACUCCAAUAUCAACUUCGAAGGGCAUUCUCUCCACUUCAACAUCCAACUCGUCAUUCAGCAAGGAGGAGCUGAGGAAAGCAGAGGAGCUAAUGACAAAGGCAUUUGUUAAAUUCCAUAAAAAACUUCGGGUUAUAAAAGGUUAUUGGUGACAUAGGUUUCUUCUUCUUCUUCUUUCUACAUAAUCUGAUGAGGUCUUCUUCUUCUUUCUACAUAAUCUGAUGAAGCUAAACAUAUUUCUUGAGAAUUUACUAAUGUUAGUAGGAUCAAUUCUAUUCUCACACAUGCUCCAUAGCACUCAUAGUUGCCUUUUAUUGUUUGGAAUGGUUUCAGGGAUUAAAUGUUGUUGCUCAUGAUGCAUCUGCAAUUGAGGAAUACCCUUACUCAGAAGAACAAGGGCUUUGCUUUCAUAUGGUUUGCAAUUGUUGAGCACACCAGGCAUGCAUGCUGUCAAUGAACUUAAGCAUCCAGUGGUUCCCUCUAGUAAUCAUGCCUAUAAGGAGCAGUAGAAUGCUAUGAGGUGUAUCAUAACAGUUCAAAUAUAUCUAAAACAUUUGGUGGUGUCGCCCCUCCAACACUUCAAAUUGCAGCAAUGGCUCAAUAGCAGGCUUCAUACCCUACCUACCACCAGCAGCAACAACAGCAUUUGGUGUAAUUUUCCCCCAACACUACUACUGCUCACCCUCAAACUAACAAUCCUUUUGGAAGCACUGGUCUACUGUAAUUUUCUGUUGAUUUCUCAUGUUUAUGUAUGAUGUAAAAUUAUUUUGGCAUUUGAAUUCAAAUAAAACUAUUUCCUUCUAGUUA